AUGGCAGAGCUGCAGCAGUUGCGAGUGCAGGAGGCAGUGGACUCCAUGGCGAAGAGUCUAGAGAGAGAUAACAUUUGGAAGAUACAGGGCCUCAUGUGCCCGUGCAGCGCUAGCUUUUGUGAGGACAGCCAGGUGACCAGGCAGCAGGUGCACCAGGGCACUGAGUGCUGCCAUGCGCCUCUGGCUCAGGCCCUGGUGAGCAGCGAGCUGGAGAAGUUCCAGGACCACCUGGCCUGGUACAUAAUGCAUCGUGAUGACAAAGCCAAAGAUUCAAUGCAUGCUGGGAGUAAAGAGCUUCAGGUGAAGCAACAGCUGGAGAGUUGUGUGACCACAUGA